CAGGCUGGCGGACAGACCGCGCUGCGGGCACACAGCGAGCCGAGCCGAGCCGCCUCUCCUCUCCUCUCGUCUGCUCUCGACAUGGCCUCCGCCGCGCUGGAGAUCGUGGGCAUGGGGCUCAGCAUCCUGGGCUGGGUGGGCGUGCUCGUGACCUGCGGGCUGCCCAUGUGGCAGGUGUCCGCCUUCAUCGAGGCCAACAUCGUGGUGGCGCAGAACCUGUGGGAAGGGCUGUGGAUGACGUGCGCGGUGCAGAGCACGGGGCAGAUGCAGUGCAAGGCGUUCGACUCCAUCCUGGCGCUGAGCCCCGAGGUGCAGGCGGGCCGGGCCAUCACCGUGCUCGUGGCGCUGCUGGGGCUGGUGGCGCUCAUGGUGACCGUGAUAGGCGCGCAGUGCACCAACUGCCUGCGGCCGGGCCGCGCCAAGUCCUACAUCGCCUUGGCCGGCGGGGCCAUCUACGUCCUGUGCGGCGUCCUGGUGCUCAUCCCCAUCUGCUGGUUCGCCCACAUCACCAUCACCGACUUCUACGACCCCACCGUGCCGCGCUUCAAGAAGCGCGAGAUGGGCGCCUCGCUCUACAUCGGCUGGGCGGCCACGGCGCUGCUGCUCGUGGGCGGCGGCCUCAUCUGCUGCGGCGCCCGCGGGCACAAGGACGAGGACGCCUUCCCCGUCAAGUACUCGGCCCCGCGGCGGCCCACGUCCAACGGCGAGUACGACAAGAAGAACUACGUGUGAGCGCCGGCGGGGCCGCAGGUACCGAGCACCGCCGCCUCCCCCGACCCCCGCGGGGCUCCCGCGCUCGGGCUGGACUGGGAGGCUGCGGCCCGCGGGCCUCGGGACCAGGCGCUCAGAUGUCCCCGGACUGUCCCCGCCUCGCUCCGAGCCCCCCGCCCCGAGCGGCAG